CGUUCAUUCAUUAGCUUACAAGCACAAUUCAUGGCAUCUGUAAUCACAUCAUUGCCAGGUCAGCAACCGCCGGCGAUGGCCGGACAGAUUGAACAACAACCGAGUAACUAUAUCCCACAGGCAGUUUCAUCAACUAGUGGCGCAAAUUGGCAUUCUUCAUCAGGAUCUAUUGGGCCAUUCUUUGGAGUUAUUUCUGUUCUUGUGGUUCUUGCAAUUCUUUCUUGCAUUCUGGGUAGAGUAUGCAGUCGCAGAGUAGAGGCUGCAGCCGCCGGAGUACGGCCAUCAGAGACGGCGGCGACGCGUAGAGGGUAUUUCGGGUGGAUGAAGAGGAAAAGCCGGUGGUGUAGAGGCGGAGAUGUUGAGGUUGGAGCUAAAGUUGUUGCUCUUGGUCAUCAUGAAAAACAACAUUGUAAGGCUAAUGCUGAGACUGAACAGCAACACUCUCAACCUUAAUAAAAGAUGUGAAUUAUUUUUUA